UGAUACUCUUAAAGACGGCUGUUUUUGGACACGUCAUUCAAGAUGCUGGAAUAUUGUUCAUGUUCUAUUUCGGUGGCACUGUAUUUAUAAGUUCAGACUGUCGGGCAGCAUCCAUCUUGGCAAUAGCAUCACUCCGCGGCCUGAACAUGGCAUCUCCCCCUUAGCGCCUAGUCAAGAAGCGAGACAGGUCUAGUGAGAAUUUCGUCAAGGCAACGAAGAAUCUUUUAGCACGAUGCGACCGAAUAAGAGAGCAAUACGAUGCCGACAUAUACAUCCAAGUCCAUCGGUCACAGAGGGAAAAAUGUACCCUGUCCCUGUGACAAAAACCCCGCAGGACUUUGCCGGUAAGCGAAGCCGCGCCUCGACCAUCUGUACAACACAGGCAACCGCAGAAGAAGAAAACAACGCCUCAUGUUGCGAUGGGGAGAGGGCGUCAGUGGUAGAUCGUCGUGGUGUUCUGGCUCAGAAUCAUGGUGUGGAUGCAUAUUCCUGCGACGAGCCAGCAGGGCAAGAGAUGAUGCCUCUGGGAGGGCACAGCACGUGCAGCAUGGGAAAAUAGUCCAAGUGACAGCACAAUAAGGGUAUGUAUAUAUGGUAAAGUCAGCUAGACAAACGAAAAG